UAGCUCACACACUCACGCAGCAUCCUCUCCUCACCAACCCUACCUUCAAACUCACCUCCUCACGCCUCCCUCUCCGCUCCUCCAGCCGCCCUCCUCUCCAUCACCCACUAACGCACAUCAUCCUUCGCUCCUCUUUGUGUGUUGUCUCUCCCUUCUCCACCUCCUCUGAUUUCCCCCCUCAUUUUCUCACACUCAACCUUGCUUUCUUGCACAAGUGCGCUUACACACAGACUAAUGUUGAUUGGCACCCAAGGACAGAGCACCCUCUCCUUAAAGCCAGCAACCAGGCAGUUUCAUUGCGUGGCCAGACUUCUUGACACUGAGCACAGCUGAGGAAGAGGACCAGGAAGAAGAUAUGGAACACAGCCACAUCCCAGUUUUUUCCCCAAACAGGAGCACCUGGAGCAUUGGGCAAAAUGUCUCUGAAGUCACACAGGGAUGCCCUCUUGGACCGCUGCCGGUCAUUUACUACAGCAUCCUGCUCUGUCUGGGCCUGCCGGCUAACAUCCUGACUGUGGUUAUCCUGUCCCAGCUGGUGCUGCGUCGUCAGAAGUCAUCCUACAACUAUCUCCUGGCUCUGGCCGCCGCCGACAUUCUGGUUCUGCUUCUCAUUGUUUUCGUUGAUUUCAUACUGGAGGACUUUAUUUUAGCAGCUCCCCUGCCGCCAUCCCUAAACAACGCAGUUCAAGUUCUGGAAUUCUCCUCCAUCCAUACCUCCAUCUGGAUCACCGUACCACUCACCAUUGAUCGCUACAUUGCUGUUUGCCACCCACUCCGCUACAACACUGUAUCCUACCCAGCCCGAACGCGCAAGGUCAUAUUUGCUGUCUAUGUAGGGUGUUUGAUCUCUGCAACUCCUUAUUAUUGGUGGCCUGAGCUUUGGCACAGCCUGCCUAAGGUUGGCAAUGAUAAUGAAGGAGGAGGAGGAGGAGAGAGUAACAGAAAAACAGUGGUCCAGCACAUCCUGGUGUGGGCUCAUUGCGCAACAGUCUACCUUCUCCCCUGCACCGUCUUCUUCUCCCUAAAUGCUGGCAUAGUUAGGAAGCUGCGCAGGCGGCGUAACUGCUUCCGACUGCGUGGGUAUUCGACUGGCAAGACCACUGCCAUCCUCCUCACCAUAACCUCCAUUUUUGCUGUGUUGUGGGCUCCCCGCACCUUCAUGCUCCUUUAUCAUUUCUAUUCACCUCCCCCAGUCUCUCAAAGUGCUGGCCGUCUCCUCCACGUCCUCACUGAUAUAGCAAACAUGUUGGCACUCCUCAACACCGGAGUCAACUUCUUCCUGUAUUGCUUCAUCAGCAAGCGUUUCCGAAGCAUGGCGGCAAAUGUCCUGCGAGCCCUGAUACACUGCCGUAAACAACCAAAGCCAUUUUACGCCAGCCACAACUUCUCCAUCACAAGCAGUCCCUGGAUUUCACCUGCCAACUCUCAUUGCAUCAAGAUGUUGGUGUACCAGUAUGACAAAAAUGGGAAGCCCAUCUGUAUCUCAUCUUGAAUCUACAAGCAGAUGGCCUCAACUCAAAUAUUCAGAGAGCCCAGUCAGGCUUUGUCUCUGUGGUAACAAGCUGAAUCCACGUGGGAGUCAUCAAGUCUUGAAAAUCUCACCAGGGCUAGAAAGUUAAGGUGAAAGUUCAACUAGCUUUGGCUGGCAAGGUGGAAGAUAAAUCAGCAGAUGCAUGGCAGCAUUUAGUGAAGCCUCUAAUGUUGAAUAAUGUUUUCACAAAGGACGCAACAUUUCCAAGUAUGGUAGACAAUGUUUGUUUUCUCCGUACAAAAAAAAGAAAGCAUGUGCCGUGGGCUACCUUCAGCAACAUUCAGGCAGUCAUGAAGAAGGCAUCGGCCACUUAUUGCGAGCCAUCAUUUGAGCUAACAUUGGGAAACCACGGGACACCUUGAUCUUUACAAAUGCUUCCUAUUGCACACUGCAGUCGAGGUUUUGAACAGAUGCGCGUCAGACUGGAGGCAUUUUCCAGAGAGCAGAGCUUCAGUCUGACCACUCUAAACCACGACCUGAAAGAAAGGAAUCAAGUCAAAGCUACAAACAGUACGUCUGCAUCCAACUGUCUCAAGAAGCAGAUAACAGCUCAUCAGUUUCCAUGUUAACAUGCAGAGGAGUCUCAGGGGCAUGUUAAAUGGAGCAUUUUUAAAUUGAAAUGCUUACUAACUUUCUUUAUGUGUGCAGUGAAGUCCUCCACAAGCUGGUGCUCACCAUGAAGGGCCAAGUCAUCCCACAUCAAAACAGACUGUUGCAAGGCGGGGACAAAGUCACUCUGAAUUCUUUGGCGAAACAUUUAUACAUAUUAGAACUGACUGUUAUUGUAGCUUUGCAAAAAAUAAAAAAUGCAAGACAAAAAAUAUGACUUGGAGUCGCUGUAGCUCUAUAGAGUCAUACAUUUAGGAUCCGUAUAUCCAUUAUUAGAAUGAGGAAAUUUCUGCAACUGUAGAUAGUCCUCUAUUAACUAUUAAUGGUAUUUCAUGACUUACUGUCAGCCAUUUUCCUGAUGAAUGUUAUGUAGUGUGAAAAAGAGUGAGAAAAACAGAGAGACAGAGAGGACAGAAUCUCUUUCCUUCCCUGUGCAUAAAAAGUUUUUUUUCUCAUUAAGCAGCAGGGAAUUUAAUACACUCGUUCUGCCUCUGGUCUCCUACUUUGCACUGCAAAACACAUUCACAUACAUCAAGUCAGUGCUGCCUCGGCACAUAUGAACACACGUUGGCCCACACAUAACCGUCUUUUUAUACCCCAAAGAGAGAGUGAACUGAGAUAAAUACACUUUCAUGUAGUAAACCCUGUGGGGGAAGAGCGAGGCUCACAUAUCCAGUGAGAAUGGAUCGAUGCCAGAGGGCAGAUUUUUGCUAAUGUCUUCAGAUAAAACAGAUUUGCCACGUUUUUUUUUUUCUUUUUCUUUUUAAUAAGAAGUUUUGAAUUUGAUGAAAGUUAAAUGUACUUAUUAUAACAGACACAUCUAUCAGCUAACUCCAAGCUGCAUGUUAAUGUCCAGAACUGCAGAUGCUACUUUUGUAUGGUGCCUUUCUUUUACCCCAUCAAGAAAAAAACAAUGCAGUCUCUGGAUAUUCAUGCUUUCAUCUAAUAUUCUUAGCUUAAGACUUUUUUUCUCGUUUAAUUUAAUUUUUCCCAGGCCUGAUAUUCUAUAGGAACUGAUAGAUUAAUCAUUUAAACUUAAAAAGGAGCCUGAAAGUCUGAAAAGAAGCCAGCAUUGAGUUAUUGUUGAAACCAAUGAUUUAUUAUGAAAUCUACUUCAAAGUAUUUAAUCAGGCACUUUAUAGUGGCACUGAAGGACAAACAAUACCUACAAGUCACUUAAUGCAAAAAGGUUUUUUAGAACACAUUGACAAUUAAAAAAAGCAAAGCAAAUUAUAAAAAACAACAUUACAGCUUUUUUCAAGUUUCCGUAAAGGAGAACAGAAAACAAAAGUAAUUUCCAGUAAAUCAAAAUGAAACAAAAAAAGAAGCAGAAAAAGUAGGUACUAUGGAAUAUCGCUAAUUGGAUGAGGACGUUUGUCCAUCAUUUCAAUAGAAAGUUAUUUGGCAUAAAUGGAAAAUAGUAUAGUAUUAAUAGUAUAGUAUUAAUAGAAAAAUACUUUUACUAGUAUGCAGACAUUAAAGAUGCAUUGGAAAAACUAAAAUGUCAAAACUUAAACAUCAUCCAUUCAGCGAUGUCUCAGGGCACCUACUUUUUCCAGUUUCUUGUUGUGCUUCUUCUUUUCUUUUGAUUCUUGAAAAUUACUUUUGUUUUUCAAAAUGUAAAAUUUUUAUUUUGUUUAAUUUUUGGGGGGGAAUUGUGUUUUCGUUUCUGUAAUUUGUUUGGAUUUUUAAAAUAUGAAGUUAUUUUUUAUAACAUUAUAACUUUUUUCUAAUUGUCAUUGUGACCUCAAUAUGUUUCUGUGUUGAGUGAUUUGUUGGCGUGGUUUGCACUUCAGGGCCACCAUACUUCCUUCCCUUUUGUUUAUUUGUUUCUGUGAAAAAUACCAAAUAUAAUUGGGCAGAUUUACUGGAAUCCUAUUGUAUUUUUGCACUGGAAAGUUUACAUCCAAAGAGCUUUAUUGCUGAAGUGGCAUACAUGAAAAACUACACUGACUGCAGUAAACAUUGGCUCUUUCAGUGAAUAAAUUCUACUCUCACAUGAUUGAUAAAUCCGUGUUAAGUGACUCAAUCUGAAUUAUUGCAAUUUUGGGUCAAAGUUAUGAUCAAAUUUUUUGAGUUUAUGAGCAAUGACCUACAUUAAAUGUCAAAAAUAUGAUAAUUUAAACAGAAAAGGGACACUGAAUUUCAAUCUAAAUAAAAUGUUAAAUCUAUUUUAUCUGAUUAGGUUUGUUGGAGGGCUGGAGCCUUUCCCAGUUGUCAUUCAAAGUGAAGGUUGCACUGCUCUAAAUUCUAACCAAUAGCCUGCAGCACUGUCAACUUUCAAACAUUACUUUACCAGAGUAAAUCUAUCCCACUCUUGGCUACUUGCGGGUACUUUACAAACUAAAACAUUUGCUCAAGCUUAAUUUUCUUAAUGGCCCUUAUUGGUCCUCAACUGAUAACCUUGAAAUCUUUCAUGCUAGGCCCGGGGCACACUGAGGAUGCUAUAUUGUGUUUUUGUCAUCUGGAAAUGGAUGCACAUAGUUGCCUGAUAUAAUGGAGAUGAAUAGCUAAAGGGUCAAUAACCAAUAAUCACUCAGUGAAGUCUUUACCCGGCUGUUUCAUCAAGGCCGGGCUCGGCUGAAUGUUACAUUUGACUGAAUGUCUAAACUAUGUGCUUUAAUUCUAAUCAAUAUUGGUUAAUGACCACAGCAGGCUGGGAUCAUUAGCAGAAAAUAAUUGCAAAAAACAGUUCCUGCUUUAACCAGAGGAGCUUGUAUCAAAUCAAUGUUGCCAUGAAGUUUGUUCUGUAGGGCUCCUUUAGGAAUUUUUUUUCAGAUUUUUUUUUUUCAUUUUUAUUGUGCGGGACUAGUUUUCACCUAGGACGACCCUCUUAAUCACAGCAAUCAAGUGUCCCUUCCUCUUGCACGUGAGAGAUUGUGUGUGAGAGCAGUCGUUGCCAAGAAAUAUUCUCUAUUAUGUAGGAACGCCCGCAAACUAUAUUUUUUUCUUUGGUCUGAUAUUAAAAAGAUAACGGCACAUUGAUCAAUCAGACAGGAAAAUUGUAUUUUCUCUUGUAUGCAUCCUCCUCUGCCCUUUUUCCUCUCUGUCUCUCUUUAAUAGCUCCAAAGUGUGUGUGUGCAUAUUUGAGUGUGUUUGCACAACCAUUAGUGUGCAUGUGUGCAAGUCAAGUUUAUAUUAGGCAGCAGCUUUAAUCAGUGUUUGUGCCAUAGAACCUGUAGUGUGUUCAACAAAUGUGUCUUUAUAAUCAAUCAUGAUGAGUAUAAACACAUGCAGCACAGUAUUGUAACAAUGUAUUCAAGAAUGUGCAAAUUAUUUAAGUUAUUGCUUUUCUGUUGGCAUUUUUUUUCAGACUGUGCUUUUCUACAAACUGACUUAUUCGAGCGAUCUUUUAUCUCUCUUUAUCUUAGUGUUGAAAACUCUGUUUUUUAAAUUAUUAUACACAAGUUAUGACAGCCUUGCUUCUUUAAUGUUUUCCUCCUUAUGAAUGUAUUGACUUUAUAAAGGGUAUGUAUUUUUGUGCUGUGAGAAAAUAUGGGAAAAAGUAUUGGCGAUUAUUUUUGAAUAAAUAAAUAAAUAAGAAUUUGUCUAAAGAUGAAAA